AUGAUGGAGAGUCUGCUUACGUUAAAACACCCCCUGAACGAGUUGCUUCGUCGUAUUCGAGGUAAGGUUUGUGGAUAUACGGAUUUCACUAUUCGUCCAAGUGAUUCAUUGGCCAAGGAGAUUUCAGAGGAGGCGUGGACGGCUGUGGGCGCCCUUUACAAGUUUCCCAGGCCCAUCAAAGAAGCCACAGAUAUGCUAUCUGCGUCGACGUACCCCGUGUUUGGGAUCCUGCUCUACACGUACUGUUUGAUCCAAUUUCACGCAACAGAAACUAUAGCAAACGAACAAGACGAACAGACGCUGAAAUUUGCUGAAGCAGUUAAGGCCAAGAUGGAUGAGUACACGGUGAAGGUCAACACCAGAGAAGCCCGGAUUGCGCUAGCGCUAGCUCCGCGUGCUAAGCGGCAUCUCCACCUCUUGGUGGACGAUGUCGCCCAAGUCAAGGACGAAGUUGAAGACGAGUUCAACAAGAACUACCGCGAAGCAUUUCUGGCUCAACAACAAUCAGCCUCUGGCGACAGACAGCUUGAAAUCAGCAUUCGGGAAAUGCAGCGUGAGGAUUCCUCGUUCGCGAAGGAGCUCGACCGGUGGCUGGCAGCGGAUGAAGGCAUGAGUGAGAUGAGAGAAAGAUGUAGCCCCCUGCACAGCUCCAAGGUCUUCAACACCGGCAACGAUGGCAGGAUAGGCCCCAACCAAGCUGCGAUGGCGCACACGUCCUGGAUCUCCUGCACAGCCUCAUCGAUACCAGCUGAGAACGUCAUUGACGUGAUGCUGCUGAUCAUGCAGGCACCGCGGUGA